AUGACCGCCAUCAGACACAUGCCCCUGGGCUACAUGGCAGGCAUUAGCCUCCUCGGCUGUGCGCUUCCAAAGUUGUUCCAUCUGUACGAGUCGCACGGCCAGCCUUUGGAGAUAUUCUUUGCGCUUUUUGCGGCUCAGAUUGCCGUCUUCUCCUUCUAUGCCAUCCUCAUCUAUCCCCAUUAUGUUUCACCGCUGCGCCAUCUACCGCAGGUCCCAGGGGGCGUGCCGAUUUUCGGCCAGGGAGUGUCGUUGAGAAAGUAUGGGCCCGGACUUUUGGCCAAAAAAUGGAUCUCGGAAGUACCCAACGACGGCCUGCUUCGUAUUUUGUGGCACUUCAACCAGGAGAUGGUGAUUGUCAAUUCGCCACAGGCCCUAUCGGAGAUUCUGGUCACCAAGUGCUACAGCUUUGAGAAGCCCGAGUUUGCGCGCAAGUUUCUUGCCUUCGUCAUCGGCUGGGGCCUCCUCACGGUCGAAGGGGACGAGCACAAGACGCAGAGGCGGGACAUGCUGCCCGCGUUCUCGUACCGCCACAUCAAGGACCUCUACCCAAUCUUCUGGGCCAAGUCUCGGGAGUCAGUGCAAGCCAUCACAGCGGUGUGCGGUGAAAAAGGUGUCGCAGAAAUCGACAUCGCGCCAUGGACUGCGAGAUGUGCUUUGGACAUCAUCGGCCUGGCUGGUGUCGGCGUUGACUUUGGAUCCAUCAAGAACGCCAAGAGCCCGCUCGCGCAAAGUUACGAGCAUCUCCAGCCGUCUCCGGCCGACAUGCCUCUGCUUGGUCUUCGCGCGUUCCUGCCCGAUUUUAUCAUGGAUAACCUGCCGUUGAAGAGGGUCAGGAACGCGGCAAGGGCAUCGCAGCACAUCCGGGGCGUUUCUCGUGACUUGAUUCGCAAGAAGCGGCAACUGCUGGACAACAACAAAGAUGCCGGCGUCGACAUCCUCACAGUCGCUCUUGGAAGCCGCCUUUUCUCCGAGGAUGCUCUCGUCGAUCAGACCAUGACAUUCUUGUCUGCGGGUCAUGAGACCACCGCAUCGUCGCUCAUCUGGGCGACCUACUUCAUGGCCAAAUACCCCGACAUGCAGGAGCGCCUCCGCAAGGAGGUGCGCGACAACUUGCCAUCUGCCGAUAGCGACGUCGAGAUUACGAGCGCCGUCAUUGACGGGAUGCCGUAUCUCAAUGCUGUGUGCAGCGAGGUGCUCCGAACCAACAGCCCUGUCGCGCAAUCCAUUCGAGUCGCCAACCACGACAUUACCAUUCAGAACCAAUUCAUCCCCAAGGACACGUUGCUGGUGCUGGUGCCAUGGACGACGAAUACGGACCCGAAGCUCUGGGGGCCCGACGCGCACGAGUUCAAGCCCGAGCGGUGGCUAAGCCCCGAACACGGAGGAACGAGCGCGACAAACGCCGGUAGCGGAGGAGCGACGAGCAACUAUGCCUUCAUGACGUUUCUUCACGGGCCACAUAGCUGCAUUGGCGGCAGCUUUGCCAAGUCGGAGCUUGCGUGCCUAUUAGCCUCGUGGAUUGGGAGGUUCUCUUUCGAACUGAAGGACAAGUCACUGCUGGAUGAGAGAAACAUCCGCAUCAACCCCAGUGUGGUGGCGAAGCCUGAGGGCGGGAUGGAAAUGCUUGUUCGCGUUGUGGAUGGCUGGUGAUGGUCAAAUUGACGAAUUAAUUCCUUGUAUUUCGUCAUGGACAUGGAGAAGUCGCCUUGAAGGACAGUAAUACCAGCCUUUGUAUACUCGG